AUGGCCAGAAAUAGAAAGAACAAGAAGGGGAACAAGAAGACAUUUGGUGCUAGAAAUGACUCCAAUGCUCAAAAGGGCUGGUCUGAAUUGGUCAAGGAGAAUGAGAAAUGGGAACAGUACUACAAAGAUUUGGCUUUGAUUCCUGAAGGAGAAUGGGACGAGUUCAAGCGCAUCUGUCAGGCACAGCUACCACUUACGUUCAGGAUCACUGGUUCCAGAAAACACGCCCAUGAAGUGUUGCAACUGUUUGAAGACCAACAUUUGCCAGGGCUUACCAAUGUGACUUUCGAAGGCGAAGAGAUACAAGCACCAAAGCGUCUGGCAUGGUACCCUGAAAACCUGGCUUGGCAAUUGGACGUCUCCAAGCAAGUAAUCAGGAAGAACGAACAGUUUUCGAAGAUGCAACGGUUUCUUGUCGUUGAAAACGCUGUUGGCAACAUAUCAAGGCAAGAAGCAGUCUCCAUGAUUCCACCUUUGGUUUUGGAGGUGGAACCUCAUCACGCAGUGCUAGAUAUGUGCGCUGCGCCAGGUUCCAAGACAGCGCAACUCAUCGAAGCUUUGCACGCGAAAAACGACGAACCCACCGGGUUUGUCAUGGCCAAUGAUGCAGACGCUAGAAGAUCUCACAUGUUGGUGCAUCAACUUAAAAGAUUAAACAGUGCCAAUCUCUUGGUGGUCAAUCACGAUGCCCAGUUUUUCCCCCGAGUCAAAACUGAUGAUUCUAGACGGUUUUUGAAAUUUGAUAGAAUUCUGUGCGACGUCCCAUGUUCCGGAGACGGAACCAUGCGGAAAAACGUGAAUGUUUGGAAAGAUUGGUGCACCGGUUCUGGUCUUGGACUCCACACGGUACAGCUCAACAUUCUGAACCGUGGUCUUAACCUUCUGAAAAACGGCGGCAGACUCGUUUACUCCACAUGUUCUUUAAAUCCAAUUGAAAAUGAAGCUGUCGUUGCUGCUGCUUUGAGAAAAUGGGGGAAUAAGAUUAAAAUUAUUAACUGUGACGAUAAACUGCCCGGUCUUAUCAGAAGUCGGGGUGUAUCCGAGUGGCCAGUGUACGACAAGGCUUUUGCCAAAAAACAAAAGGGCGACGAGGGCACCAUCGAAAGUUGGUUUGCACCUUCUGCCGAAGAAGCCAGUCACUUCAAUUUGAGUAACUGUCUCCGUGUCUAUCCUCAUCAACAAAAUACAGGUGGCUUUUUCAUUACUGUUUUCGAGAAAAUGGAUGAAGAAGAGGAGCAGAGUGCCAAAAGAGCAGGUUUUGAAAACAACGAGGAUAUCAACCAAGAGAAAAAGGCGAAGUCUGCUGAAGACGCGCCUCAGCGUCAAAAGAAAGAAAAACUUCCUCGAGAUGCGAAUGAGGAACCAUUUGUUUAUCUGGAUCCUGCCCAUGAACAGCUUCAGAAAUGCUGGGAAUUUUAUGGCAUUGAUGAUGACUUCGAUAAAAGUAACUGCUUGGUUCGUAAUGCCGCUGGGGAGCCCACAAGGGUUAUUUACAUGACCUCUUCAUCCAUCAAGAAAAUAAUACAAGGCAAUGAGGACCGUCUGAAGUUUAUUUAUUCGGGUGUUAAGUUGCUAGUCGCUCAGCGCUCUGAUAUUGACUGCUCUUGGAGGAUUCAAAGCGAGUCGUUGCCCAUUGUUAAGCACCACAUGAAUCAGAAGAGAGUGGCCAAGGCCAAUUUGGAAUGCUUAAAGCACCUUUUACUUGAGUCCUUCCCAGGUUUCGAGACCAUGGAGAAAUUGCACAUCGAUGACGAGUUCACGAAGAAAAUAAGAGCUCUAUCUCCAGGAUGCGCCUUCAUUCAUGUUUCUCGCGGCGAGGACAAAGAAAGUCUUUUCUUGCCUGUUUGGAAUGGAAGUAAAUGCGUAAAUUUGAUGGUUUGCAAAGAAGACACUCAUGAGCUUCUGUACAGAAUUUUUAAAGUAGAUUCCCCUGCAAAGGUCGCUGCUCCUGAAAAGAAGGUCGGAGGUGAUCGGGCUCCGCAAGAAGAAGAAGAAGCAAGUCAACCAGCAGAGUCCAGUGAAGCUCAAGGAUGA